AUGAAAGAUGACAACAUAAUGGACAUAGAGAAAAAGAAAAAAAAAUUAAAAAAAAAAAAGAAUGUCCUAAAGGAUAAUAAAAUAAACAUCUUAAAAAAUAAAAAAAUAAAAAAUUCAAUCCUAAGUAACAACGAUGAUAAUCAGUUUAUCAAACAAGCCAUGAAACAAAUAAAGUUACUGAAAAGUAAGAAAUCAAAAGAUGGGGUAAUUGUAAAUAAAAAAGUAAAAAAACAAAGCAAAUCUCAAAAAGUUGAUAAAAUAAGCAAACCAAAUGCAAUAAAUAAACUAAAGAAAAUAUUAUCAUACAACGACAGUAAUGUUAUGAAUAUAAAAAAUAUUUUAAAAAAAAAAAUGUUGAAAAAUUUAAGUCUAGAUGAUAAUAUUUACAUUGAUGAAAAGGAGGUAUCACCAAAGUUUAGUCAAAAUAAAAAACUUUUAAAAAAAAAAUUAAAAGAAAUAAAAAUAAAUGUAGAUAAUGAAAAUAAUGAAUGGUUGGAAAAAUUAGACCUGACAUGUUCAGAAAAUUUUUAUUUAAAAAAAAUAAAUCUUUUUGGAAAAUGUGAUAUAAGAGAAAAUGAAUUAAUAAAUUUUGCACACACAAAUGUCUUAAAAUGCUUACAAAAAUUACAAAAUUUAAAUAUUCCAUUUAAUAGACCAUAUGACUUUUUAGCAGAAAUGUUAAAAAGUGAUAUACAUAUGGAAAAGGUAAGAGCGCAUAUUUUAAAAAGUCAUGAAAUGUCUGAAAUUAAGGAAAAAAAUAAAUUAAAAAGACUUAAUAAAAAAUUUAAUAAAAAUGGUGGAUCAAUGAAAGUAUUAGAUCAAAAAAAAGCUAUUGAAAAAAAAAAAAAUCUUGCAAAAAUUGACGAACUUAAGAAUAAUCUAGAAAGUUUAAAUGUUCACGACUUUUUCCAAAAGCAUUCAAAAGAUGCUGAUCAAAAUAAUGUGAAAAAUAAAAAAACAAAAAAUAAACACAUUGAAAAGCACAAUAGUAAAAAUAAAGGCAAAACUAUGAGCAAAUCAAAAAAUAACUUUGAUAAAGAUACAAAAAAUAGCCAUCAAAAAUCAAUAAGUAGAUCAAAUAAAAUUAAGCAUAAAUUUUCGUCAAAGGGAAAGAAGGGAGGAAAAAAUCGAAAAAAGAAGAAAUUUAAGAGACGCUAA